AUGUUCUUCAAGAACAAUCGCUCAUGGAAUAAAUGGUUGGAGUUGCCAGUCUUAGUCAAAGAUUGCCCUCUCUCUGCCCAGGUCGCCAUCACUAUUUGGGAUUUAUCCCCCUGCCCAGAAAACUGUAGCAUCAACCACAAUGUUCCAUUUGGUGGAACAACAAUACCACUAUUCGAUAAAGAUGGUGCAUUGAGGAAAGGCCGCCAAAAGUGCAAAGUCUACCGGAGACGGGCUGCGGAUGGUCAGCUUCCCUCGUUGACCCCACACAUUCCUCGACCAAAACGAAGAAAACGCGAUCAAGAGCCUCCUCCUCCCAUCCCAGAGGAAGAAGAAUUGGAGAGGCUGGAACAGCUCUUCAAAAAGCAUGAAAUGAAUGAAAUUCCUCAAAAUGACUGGCUCGAUCAGUUGGUGUUUCAAAACGUGGGCAAAAAGGCUCGAGAAGUAGAUGAACUCGCAAGGAAACGUGCUGCUAUAGCGAAAGCGGCAAAGCAUCAGGCUGUAGGACCGAAAUCCAAUGGUCUUAGGAACGGAAAUGCCAUUUCUGAUGAUGACAGUGAUUCCGACGCCGAGCAAGACGAUGAAGAACACUUUACAUUAUACGUUGACUUUCCCAGGUGGGAUUUCCCAGUGGUUUUUGAGGAUUACGAAUACGAGCCAUCCAAGAUGAUGAAAGAAUUCCAGCGCACGCCUUCAGCUUCUAUUAUUGGUGCAAAACCUGUUCCGGAGGUCCGGUAUGGCCCUGGAAUUGCGGCAGGUGCUACUGUUGUUGAUGAUGAGGAGUACCCUGUCAUCCAACUGUUUGAUCCUGAUCAAUUUUACCAGGAGAAUCCUUGCGAGAUUAAACACCACCGACUUGUGCGUAGCGAUCGAAACGCUUACUCUGAUAGCGACCAGAAGCCAAAUGCGAAAAUGCGGGAUAUCCUUAAUGAUAUUUUAUCAUAUGGUCCUACCCAAGAGCUGACCCCUCAAGAAAAGGAUGUUCUCUGGACUUUCCGCCGUCAUCUCAGUCGCGAUAAGCGCGCUCUGACUAAAGUCGUCAAAGCCACAGACUGGAACCAUCCAAACGAGGCCAGACAGCUAGGAGAACUUAUUCCAAGAUGGGCAAAGAUUGAUAUCGACUCGGCACUGGAACUACUUGGGCCGACUUAUAAUAGUCCAGUUGUCCGAGCGUACGCAGUUGAUCGACUACGACAGGCAGACGAUACUGAGUUGCUGCUAUACCUCCUUCAGCUGGUACAAGCUCUCAAAUUCGAGAAGUACAAAGUCGAAGAGGACGGCUUACCCGCUUCAUCAUUGGCCAAAUUCCUAAUCGAUCGUGCUGCCAACAACUUCACAUUAGGGAACUACCUGCACUGGUUUCUGAUGGUUGAAGUGGAUGAUCAAGGACCAGAUAGCAAUCCAUCGGAUCGAAAACUUUUUGCCAAAGUUGAGUAUCAUUUCAUGGCUGAAUUGGAGCAAAGGGACCCAGAACAGAGAAAGAUCUUAUUGAGACAAGGCGAAAUGAUAGCGGUACUUUCAAGAAUCAGCAAGGAGAUUCGUUUCGGACGAGACAGCCGUCCUAAUAAGAUUGAGCGGCUCAAGAAGUAUCUCGCUGAUCCCAAGAACGAGCUCAUUAAAAUUGACCCACCAAUUCCUCUACCGUUGGAUCCAAGCAUUGAGGUUAGUGGCAUUGUUCCAGAAGGGGCAAAUGUAUUCAAGUCCUCCCUGUCACCAUUGCUGCUAAAGUUCAAAAUUGCGAGCUCGCCAGACUCGUCUGCAACUUCGGCACAAUCUCGAUCACUUUCGCAGACUCAGUACCCGAUCAUUUUCAAGACGGGAGACGAUCUCCGACAAGAUCAGCUCGUGAUUCAGAUAAUCACGCUCAUGAACAAUCUGCUGUUGAAAGAAAACCUUGAUCUAAAGCUCACCCCUUACCGCAUUCUUGCAACUUCUCCAUCGGCUGGCGCAGUCCAAUUUGUCCCAUCAACGGCGAUAUCAGUAGUAUCAUCAAAGUACAAGGGAUCGGUUUUGGCAUAUCUACGGGCAAACAAUCCAGAUACCUCAGGUCCCUUGGGAAUUCGGAAAGAGACUAUGGACACGUACAUCAGAUCAUGCGCUGGAUAUUGUGUGAUUACCUAUAUACUUGGAGUUGGAGAUCGUCACCUAGACAAUCUUCUGCUACAACCUUCUGGUCAAUUCUUCCAUAUUGAUUUUGGAUUCAUCCUUGGACGUGAUCCAAAGCCAUUCGCACCGCUCAUCAAGCUUUGCAAAGAAAUGGUGGAAGGUCUCGGUGGAACUACAUCACCUCAGUACGCGCAAUUCAAACAAUAUUGUUUCACAGCGUAUGCAGCUUUACGAAAGUCAAGCUCAUUGGUGUUGAACCUCUUCAGCCUUAUGGUACAAAGCUCGGUACAAGAUGUUAGGUUGGUUGAGGAACAGAUGGGGUUGACCGGUGGUGCGGUCGGCAAAGUUCGGGAGAGGUUUCACCUUGAGGUCAGCGAAGAAGAGGCUGUCAAAGUGCUUGAUCAAGUAUUGGCUGACAGUGUCAAUGCAGUCUUUGGAGUAGUGAUUGAUCGCCUGCAUGAGUUUGUGCAAGGGUGGCGGGCGUAA